AUGGAAGCUCCGAUGCCACUCUACGUUUCUAAGAAACGUUUUGAAAAACAUGCUAAUUUAUUAUUAUAUGAAGACCAUUAUUGGCCAAUUAAAAAUUUCAACCGUUUAAUUGGAAGUAAACAAUCUCGUUAUCACCAUUUUUGUGAAAAUUGUUUAACUGGAUUUUUAACAUCUGAAAAGUGCUUUGAACAUACUAAAGACUGUUACAAAUUCAAGCCAUCUAAAAUUAUAACACCUGAUCUUGGAACAAGAAUGUUUUUCAAACAAUAUGGAAAAAUGGUAAAAUAUCCGUUUAUAAUAUAUGCUGAUUUUGAAACGCUAUGCAAACCUGUUGAAAGCUGCGUAAAUCGAAAUACGUUUGAAUAUCAAGAGCAUGUUCCUUCAAGUUUUGGCUAUGUGAUUGUAAAUAAUCAUGGUAAAAUUGUUAAAUAUGUUUCUCAUCGUGGUCCCGAUAGUGCUGUUGUUUUUUUGAGAUCAAUCAAUGAAUCAUGUGAAAAAAUCAUAAAUGCAAUCAAUCGGAGAUUUUCACAGCUCAGGAUGACGUUAAAAGAUCAACAAGCUUUUGAAUACGCAACGAAAUGUCAUAUAUGUGAAACAGACUUUAUUUCCGGUGAUACAAAAGUGAGAGAUCAUGACCAUUUCACGGGUUUAUUCAGGGGUGCUGCUCAUGGUCGUUGUAAUUUACAAUUACAAAUACCUGAAGACAUCCCAAUCGUUUUUCAUAAUUUAAAAAAUUUUGAUGCUCAUAUAUUGAUAAAAGCUAUACAAACUAAGAUGUAUAAACAAAUCAAUAUCAUACCUCAAAAUACUGAAAAAUACAUUUCAUUUUCAUUUGAUAAUAUAAAGUUUAUAGAUAGUUAUGCUUUUUUGAGCAGCUCAUUAGAUAUUCUGUCUCAAGAUUUAGAUGAAGCAUUCAAAAAUUCAUUUUUAUUACAGCAAUUCAGACCAGAAGAUCUCAAUUUUGUAUCCGCUAAAGCAUCUCUCCCAUAUGACUAUCUAAAUCAUUUUGAUCGAUUUGAAGAGACUAGUUUACCUUGUUACGAAUUCUUCUAUAAUAAAAUGAAAAGAGAAAAUAUCGAUAGAAAUGUAUAUGAUAACAUGAUAGCUCUUUGGAAUCAUUUCAAGAUACAGAAUAUUGGUGAGUUUCAAGACAUUUAUCAAAAAAUUGACGUUGUUUUGUUAGCAGCUGUUUUCGAAAAUUUUAGAAAUAUCAGUUAUGAACAAUUCAAGCUUGAUCCACCUCACUUUUAUUCAGCACCAGGAUUAACUUGGGCUGCAGCAUUAAAGUCAACAAAAGUGAAAAUUGAUUUAUUGAGUGAUAUUGACAUGAUAAUGCUUUUUGAAAAAGGAAUAAGAGGUGGUAUUUCAUCAGCAUCGAAAAGAUAUGAGAAAGCUAAUAUUCCUGGAACUGAAGAUUUUCAACCCGACGAAGAAGCUAAGUUCAUAACAUAUCUUGACGUAAAUAACCUGUAUGGUUUUGCUCUACAACAACCUCUACCAAUAUCAAAUUUCAGAUUUAUUGAAAAUACUGAAUUUGAUCAUAUAUAUAAUCAAUGUAUCAAUUCAAAUACCGAUGAAGAUGAAACUGGUUAUGUAUUCGAAGUUGAUAUAGACUAUCCUCUUCAUCUACAUGAUCUUCAUAAAGAUUAUCCUCUAGCCCCUGAACGCAUCUCAAUAGACAAUGAACAACUGAGUCAAUUACAGCUGGAUAUACUGGAUAAAACACAAAGACCACGAACAAAAUGUGAAAAACUGAUUGCAACAUUUCUCAAAAGGGAAAAAUAUGUUGUUCAUCAAAGAAAUCUAAAGUUUUACGUUAAAAAUGGAAUGAUCGUAACAAAAAUCCAUCGUAUUGUUUCUUUCAAACAAUCUUGCUGGCUGAAAGACUAUAUUUUACUCUGUACAUAUAAGAGAAUGGCCAGUAAAUCUAAUUUCGAAAAAAACUUUUGGAAAUUAUUAGUUAACGCAAUCUAUGGGAAAUCAAUCGAAGAUGUUCGUAAACAUACUGAGAUUAGAUUAGAAACAUCCCUUGAUGGAACAAUCAAACAAAUGCAAAAGCCACUCGUUGAACGUUUUUUUAUUCUAGAUGAACAAAAAGCACUCUUCAAGAUGCGAAGGAAAAGAGUGUAUCUUAAUAAACCAAUAUUUGUGGGUUUUACUGUUCUAGAAAUAUCGAAAUUACACAUGUACCAGCUGCAUUACGAUGUGUUUAAAACCUAUUAUGACAAAAGGAUCGAGUUACUUUACACGGAUACUGAUAGCUUCAUUUAUUCAAUCAAAACUGAAAAUAUACACAACGAUUUUCAUCAUUUAUCAUGCAUCUUUGAUUUUUCUGAUUAUCCAGUUGAUCAUUCAAGUAAAUUACAAAAUGAUAUACACAAAAAAAAGUUGGGUUAUCUUAAAGAUGAGAUGAAUGGAAAAAAUAUACUGGAGUUCAUUGCACUCAAAUCUAAAGUAUAUUGUUUCCGAACUGAUGAAACAGUUAAAAAAACAGCAAAAGGUGUGCAAAAAGUGGUACUUAAGAAGAUGGUUACAUUCAAUGACUACAAAUCAGCCUUGAUCUCACACGAACUACUUUAUCAGAAUAUGCGUUCUAUUCGAAGCUUACGUCAUAUAAUAAGCACAAUCCAGACAAGGAAGCUAGCUUUGAACCCAUUUGAUGAUAAGCGCUAUUUAUUGAAAAUGGAAUUGAUACACUACCGUUUGGACAUUAUUUAA